AGAGUAAAAUGUAGUUAUAUUUUCCAACAGGAGUAAAACUCCUGUUUUUGCAUUAUUUUGUAACAAAUUUCUGUAAGUUGACUGUACUCUGUUAAAACCAACCGUUUUGCCAUUUUGACAGGCAGAAGAAACACCACUUAUUCAUCGGUGAUCACAAUUACAAGGACAAGUACACUGCCCUAGAGUUUGCAGUGAUGGGCGGGAUUUAAUCCCCCUGUCUACCAAUUAGAAUUUAAGAAACAUGAUGCAGCUCUCUUGUUUGCUUCAGGUUAAAUUCAACCACAUUCCUUCGAGCAAUUCAGAAAGCAAUUGAGGUUGCAAAGAACACAGUCGACAUACAGAUGAGAGGAUCACCGCGAAGAAGAAGAAACAAAGCAGGUAAUAUUCGGGAAUAUAUUUGAAUUCUAAGAUGGUCGACCACGUUAAGAGAGCCAUCCUGCUGGUGAUGGUGACGAUGGUAGCUGUAGAUGCGCAGCUCCCAACACCAAGCGGUAUCAACUUCAUCGGUAUCGGGUACGACAUCAUUGACGGUAACCCUGAAGGCAGCUACGGAAUCGGAGGGGUAGACCCAGGCCUCUUGGUCACUCGACGGAUCUUCAAAAUGACCCACGACCUUUCGAAAACUUCAAGCGAUAACAUGUAUUCGGUACCCGAUGAGGUUAAGUUCAUCCAUCGCAGCAGCGCGGUUACAUCGUCAACUCAUACGACGUUUUAUGGGGAGUCAAGUUACGCCUCCAAGCUUUCCGCUCAAGUUGACGUCGCUGGAUCUUACGAGAACGCCUUCGCCAGUGUAGCAUUUUCUGCCAGUGCACGCUACGAGCAGAUUACCAAUCGCAUGUCUACUGAACAAUCAGUGUUCUAUGGCACCCAGACGAUUACUAAUAACGGUAAUGCCCGUUACCAAACCGAGCUUGCCUCACCUGACGCAUACGCACUCGAGAAUGGCUUUGUUGCAGAUGCUUGCAAUCUUCCAAGGUCAUAUGAUUAUAAUACAUACAUGUCAUUCCUCGAUUCGUGGGGAACGCACGUUGUAAUUGAAGUGGAUCUUGGAGUGAGGUCAGGAACCAACUACGAGGAGUCAAGAUCUACUUUUGUAGAAUACGCUUCGAAACAUGUUGGUGCAAGUCUGAGUGCUUCCGGGUCGUACAAAGGAUUCAGCGCCUCUCUGACUGUCGACAUGGAAACCUUCAACAGUGGAAUGCAGAGCGGGGACACCUUCGGAAGUACUUUCACAUCCUACACGGUUGGUAGUACGACCAUGAAUGAACCCAUCAAGCUUACAUUGCUGGGAAUGCACGAGGUAUUCGACGAUAAGUACUGGACCCUUCUGUCGACCUACAUCAGCACCGGGCAUUGCAACAGCGCUUUCCAUGCAACCAGUGUACGAGUAAACUUGGUGGAGGCUAUGAAGAAUUAUGCCGACUACAAGAGUGUGCUUGCAAGAACACCUGACGACGCAGUCAAGAUCCCUCUCGUUUGGCCUGAUGGAACCUACGGACUCCCGAAGCCAGUUACCGGGUGCCCGCUGGGAUGGCAUGACGGGUAUCGUUAUCAUGAUACAGAAGACGACGAUAGCAACAAUUAUUGGUCUAGCCCCCUACAUCUGUAUGGUUGGAGAAGAUCCAACAACAUGAGGAAUUAUUUCUGCAUGAAAACCACAAGCGCUGAUCCAUCUGGUUUAGGAUGGGCUUGGCCAGCGGGCAGCUACUGUAUUUACAAAAGAGGCUCUUGUCCUAGAGGAUUCACAGAGGGUAGCAUCUACUGGGAUGAUGAGGAUGAUGACAACGAAAACAGCGUUUCGGGGGUACGCCCGGAUGGGGACUAUAAUAGCAAUACAAGGAUCUACUUCUGUUGCCGAAGCGAUGGUUAUACCCACCAUCCCAUCUUUCUUCCAACUGAUAACAAUUUCAUGCUAUUCCCCCUCUAUUCAAGCUGCCAAUUGGUUAAUGGGAUGUCGGUCUCCAAUGAAUAUUUCCACUGGGAUAACGAGGAUGGUAAUAAUCAGGAUAGUCAGACGGGAAUGCAUCCAUAUGAAGGCGUGUAUGGAGGCAAUCACAACAUCAAGCUUCACUUCUGCUACUACUCCAAUUAGAUGCGGAUAAAAAAAGAUAAGGGCCCCGUCUUACCAAGAGUUACGAUUGAUCCGAUCAAUCUCAAGUAUCUGAAAAUCCAUCAAUAUCAUGAAUUUUUAGUUAGAACCUUUGCUCAAUGUCCUUUGAAAACAAAAAGAAGCAUACUGAAUUUUCAAGAAAACACCGAAUGCUUGAAUAUACAUCAUUUCUAGAAUAUUAUUUUGAACAAACAUGUACUUUAGAUGUUGACAAUACUGGCCUUCCAUAGUUGUGAUUAAUCGCAACUCUUUGUAAGACGGGCCCAUAGUGAAAGCAAACAAACUUAUUUGUUUCUUUAUUUUGCAUGUUUGAAAAGGGUAGUGUUUGUUUACAUUAGGUGGAACAUUAGAAACCGAAAAAAAAAAUAUUGGAGUUUGUAUGAAUUAGCGCGCAUUCUUAAUUGGAUGCCAAGAUAAGAUUUAUUGUUAAGAAAAACUAGGAAAUUCUAUCCUAACGAAUUAUGGGAAGUCGAUCCCAUGUGACGUCACAAAUCCAACUUUGCUGUUAUUUGAUGAUUUUUUUUAACCAAACCUUUCCGAAGGUAUACAGCUUUCAAAUUAUUCUGAGUUUAACCAACUUGAUGUCAGGGAAUACUACCUAUUACGUAAAACGAAUAGCAACAUAAAACUGGAGAAAUGCGGAAUAUGGGACUGCUAAUAUGAAAUACAAAAUAUGCAGUCAAUGUGUGCGUCGUGUAUGAACAGGCUGUGUCCAACUUUAGGGGGGGGGGGUGAUCUAGUAGUUAGAGCAUUGAAUUCAUAAUGAAUGAAUGAAUGAAUGAAUGAACUUUGAAUGAACUUUAUUGAUCCUCCUUGAAAAAGAAACAUAACAAGAUACAUGUACAGUUAUAUGCUAACGCAUAUGUCGAAAACGAUUAAAAGUAACAAAUAUCGAUAAUUAACGGAAAGUAAUAUAAAAACAAGGAAGACGAGGAGGAGACCUUUGGAAGCCAGGCUUGUUAUACGGUCCCUCAGUAUUGAAACAAAACGUUAUUUGUUUGUUUAAGGCGAAACUUGAUUCUAGCUCAACUGGUUGAUAAAUAAAAAAAAAAUAGGUUGUACUAAGGUUAUACAAGGAUAAAUAUGUGGUUAAAAACUAUUUAUAGAAGAAUAAUGGAUAUGUUGGGAAAAAAGUAGAUAUAAAAAAAUAGAUAGAUAGAUGGACAAAUAUAUAGAUAGAUCACAAGAUUGUAAGGUCAAACCCACUCUGCCACUGUCUCCACUUAAAAAAAGGCCCAGAGAGUAAUAUUUGACUUCUAUAGGGUCAGCCACUAUGACUGAUUAACCAAGACGUGAAAUGUUUCCUGGGUAAUUGGUUAUAUACCAGCUUGCCGUUUACCAGCAAAGGCAAUCCUGUAGAGUUAAUACGGAAGUUACCCUAAACAGAAUAAACAAAAUAACAGAUUUUAGUUGUAAUUUUAGACAGAGGGGCAACGUAUAUAGAUUUGCGAACCGUCCUCUCUGCGCGGAUACAGGGCGCUAUCGCGCCUCGCGAUUUCACCACGAACCGUCCUCUC